GACUGGGGCUCUUGGGUUAGUUCCUGUUAGGCCCCGGCCCAGGGAGUAGGUGAAGUCUCUAAGAUGCCCGGUGGGUCAGGGCACCCGGAGCUGUGAGGGAACGUGAGGCGGCGGCGAGCGGAGACCCGCGGCGGGCCUUCGGAGGAGCGGCGGCCCGAGCCCGCCUUCCCUGCACCAUGCUCAUAGAGGAUGUGGAUGCCCUCAAGUCCUGGCUGGCCAAGUUACUGGAGCCGAUAUGUGAUGCUGACCCUUCAGCCCUAGCCAACUAUGUUGUAGCACUGGUCAAGAAGGACAAACCUGAGAAAGAAUUGAAAGCCUUUUGUGCUGAUCAACUUGACGUCUUUUUACAAAAAGAGACUUCAGGUUUUGUGGACAAGCUAUUUGAAAGUCUUUACACUAAAAACUACCUUCCACCAUUGGAACCAGUUAAACCUGAGCCAAAACCACUAGUCCAAGAAAAAGAAGAAAUUAAAGAAGAGGUAUUUCAAGAGCCAGCAGAAGAAGAACGAGAUGGUAGAAAGAAGAAAUAUCCUAGUCCCCAGAAGAGUCGUUCAGAAUCCAGUGAGCGAAGGACUCGUGAGAAGAAAAGAGAAGAUGGCAAGUGGAGAGACUAUGAGCGGUACUACGAGCGGAACGAGCUGUAUCGUGAGAAGUUUGACUGGAGAAGGGGCAGGAGCAAGAGCCGGAGUAAGAGCCGAGGCUUGAGUCGGAGUAGGAGCCGCAGCAGGGGCCGCAGCAAAGACCGAGAUCCAAACAGCAGGAGUGUUGAGCACAGGGAAAGAUCAAAGUUUAAGAGUGAAAGAAAUGACCUGGAGAGCUCCUAUGUGCCUGUGUCUGCUCCUCCUGCAAACUCUUCUGAGCAGUACUCCUCUGGGGCACAGUCUAUUCCCAGCACUGUCACUGUGAUCGCACCUGCUCACCAUUCUGAAAACACAACCGAGAGCUGGUCUAAUUACUAUAACAAUCAUAGCUCUUCCAAUUCUUUUGGUCGAAACCCACCACCAAAGAGGCGCUGCAGAGAUUAUGAUGAAAGAGGAUUUUGUGUACUUGGUGACCUUUGUCAGUUUGAUCAUGGAAAUGAUCCUCUAGUUGUUGAUGAAGUUGCUCUGCCAAGUAUGAUUCCUUUCCCACCCCCUCCUCCUGGGCUUCCUCCUCCACCACCUCCCGGAAUGUUAAUGCCUCCAAUGCCCGGUCCAGGCCCAGGCCCUGGUCCUGGCCCUGGUCCUGGUCCCGGCCCAGGCCCAGGCCCUGGCCAUAGUAUGAGACUUCCUGUUCCUCAAGGACAUGGUCAGCCUCCACCUUCUGUUGUGCUUCCCAUACCAAGACCUCCCAUUUCACAGUCAAGCUUAAUAAACAGCCGUGACCAGCCUGGGACAAGUGCAGUGCCCAAUCUUGCACCAGUGGGAGCAAGACUACCUCCUCCUUUACCCCAGAACCUCCUUUAUACAGUAUCAGAAAGACAGCCCAUGUAUUCUCGUGAACAUGGUGCUGCUGCAUCUGAGCGACUUCAGUUGGGGACACCGCCUCCUCUGUUGGCAGCUCGUUUGGUGCCACCUCGAAACCUCAUGGGAUCCUCCAUUGGGUAUCAUACCUCAGUCUCCAGCCCCACCCCUCUGGUCCCAGAUACAUAUGAACCUGAUGGUUAUAACCCUGAAGCUCCUAGUAUCACCAGUUCUGGCAGAUCACAGUAUAGACAGUUCUUUUCAAGAGCACAGACACAGCGUCCCAACCUGAUUGGCCUUACAUCUGGAGAUAUGGAUGCAAAUCCAAGAGCUGCUAAUAUUGUCAUCCAGACUGAACCACCAGUUCCUGUUUCAAUUAAUAGCAACAUCACCAGAGUAGUCCUGGAACCAGAGAGUCGAAAGAGAGCUAUUAGUGGUUUGGAAGGACCACUUACAAAGAAGCCUUGGCUGGGAAAGCAAGGGAACAACAAUCAAAGUAAACCAGGGUUCUUGCGGAAGAAUCAGUAUACAAACACAAAAUUAGAAGUGAAAAAAAUCCCCCAGGAAUUGAACAACAUUACCAAGCUCAAUGAACACUUCAGCAAAUUUGGAACCAUAGUUAAUAUCCAGGUUGCUUUUAAGGGUGAUCCAGAAGCAGCACUUAUCCAAUACCUUACCAAUGAGGAGGCCAGAAAAGCCAUUUCAAGCACAGAAGCAGUGCUGAACAACCGGUUCAUUCGAGUCCUGUGGCAUAGAGAGAACAAUGAGCAGCCAGCACUCCAGUCCCCAGCACAGCUCCUCCUGCAACAGCAGCACCAUAGCCUGCCACAGCAUCUUCAUCCGCAGCAGGUGAUGGUAACCCAGUCUUCCCCCGCGUCAGUCCAUGGAAGUAUCCAGAAGAUGAUGGGCAAACCACAGACCUCUGGUGCCUAUGUCCUUAACAAAGUUCCUGUUAAACACCGUCUUGGACAUGCAAGUACUAACCAGAGUGAUACACCUCACUUGCUCAAUCAGUCUGGAGGUUCUGGAGAUGAUUGCCCGGUAUUUUCUACUCCAGGCCAUACAAAACCAAUUUACAGCUCCUCAAACUUAAAAACACCUUCAAAACUUUGUUCAGGGUCUAAAUCUCAUGAUGUUCAAGAAGUUCUUAAGAAGAAACAGGAAGCAAUGAAGUUACAGCAAGACAUGAGGAAAAAGAAGCAAGAAAUGUUGGAAAAGCAAAUAGAAUGCCAGAAGAUGCUAAUUUCUAAGCUAGAAAAAAACAAAAACAUGAAACCAGAAGAAAGAGCAAAUAUAAUGAAGACCUUAAAAGAACUGGGAGAGAAGAUCUCACAAUUGAAAGAUGAAUUAAAAACGUCUUCUGCCGUCUCCACACCAUCCAAAGUAAAGACAAAGACGGAGGCCCAGAAGGAGCUACUAGACACUGAACUGGAUCUCCACAAGAGGCUCUCUUCAGGAGAAGACACAACAGAAUUACGAAAAAAGCUCAGUCAGUUACAAGUUGAGGCUGCAAGAUUAGGUAUUUUACCUGUGGGACGAGGAAAAACCAUGUCCUCUCAAGGUCGAGGAAGAGGCCGAGGUCGAGGAAGAGGGAGGGGCUCACUAAAUCACAUGGUAGUGGACCACCGCCCCAAAUCACUCUCAGUUGGAGGAUUCAUUGAGGAGGAAAAGGAUGAACUGCUUCAGCAUUUCUCAGCUGCAAACCAAGCAUCAAAAUUCAAAGACCGUCGGCUACAGAUAUCAUGGCACAAGCCCAAGGUACCAUCUAUAUCUACUGAGACUGAGGAAGAAGAAGUCAAAGAAGAGGAAACAGAAACCUCGGAUUUGUUUUUGCAUGAUGAUGAUGAUGAAGAUGAAGAUGAAUAUGAGUCUCGUUCAUGGCGAAGAUGAAAUUUGAUGCGAGCUGUGUAAUUUUUAGAAAUAUUGUUUAGAAGAACAACUUUUUAAAAUUAUUUAAAGAAGUCGAUGAGCCAAAAAUUUUUUUUUAUUUUCGUCUUCAACACAGUAGGUUUAAGGACAGCAAGUUGCUAUUCAAACACAUCUUGUAAUUGUCUGUGAUAUCAAAUCACCAAAGGCCAUGACUUUAUGCAGUUGUGAAGAUCUGCAGGAGUGACUGGAUUCUCUAGAACCUUACCUUCCACACCAUUUGUUUCUGCUCUUGGUGCUGGAUUACAAUGUAAAGACAGGGUGUUCAGAAAUUUUAUUUUGGAUUAUAAAUCUGCUGAUAAAAAUUUCAUUAAAUUUCAAAAUCGCCUGGAAUCUCUUAACUCUUAGCUAUUAUGGAUGGGUCGUCAGACAGUAGGAGAUAUUCAUAAUUUAAAUACCCUUUUCUUUCAAGGAUGGUCUUGGAAGAAAAGUUCAUUUUUUUUCCCCUAUGGAAGAGCCCACUUUAUAGUCAGUCUUUUUCAGAGUUUAACGUGCAGCAGUACCUCAGCAAAAGCACCAUCUCUGUUCGCAGAGUCUGCAGAGCUCUGGAGCUGGCCCUGUGGUACUCAUCCUCUCCUCACACUGGUCUGGGCUCUGCCAUCGGCCUUCCUGGUUUUGAUAUGUGGUGAGCAUUGCUUCAGUUGGUCCUCCCUUUUUUUAAUCUCAUUUUGCCUUUUGCCCCUCAUUCAUUCCCUGUUAUCUUCCUCAUCCCUUUUGAUGAUAGGCCUAACUUUUUAAAUAAGUGUUCAGUUGGGCAAUCAAGAAUCAGUCAUCAGUAAAAGGUUUAAACCAGCACCGUUAUAAAUAAGUGAUGUUUUGAUAAAAUAAAGGCAGAGUUUCAGGGGAAAGAGUUACUGGCUUCCUCCCUCUUAAAAGCUUCAGCAUAGUUAUAGUUACACAAAAGGGUUAAGGAUAUCUGAAGUUCUUUUCCUAAACUGUAACCAUGAUGGUGAGGUGCUGAGGUAGGGGUUAGGAGUCUGCAUAUCCUAGUAAUAAAUGAGAUUCUAACUUGACAUUGAUCAGAUGACCUUAUAUUUUCAUAAUUUUAUAGAUUUCUGCUGUCCAUGAACAUAUGCAUACUUUAGUAGGCAGUUUCCUUUACCGUGUGCAUUUUUACUGUACACUGUACAGAGUAUCUGUUAGGUAAAAUAUACGUGUAAAUUUAUGUCCUUGUGUUCUGAAUGUUAGAUGGAAAAGCAGAGGAGCAACACUACACUGUACUGACCACUGGGGAAAUGAAAUGAUUAUUGUACAUAGGAUGUCACUUUUACAUGUGUGGUGUGAAAUUUGAAACUUCCUGUUGGCUGCAGAAGGUUCCUGGUGAUCACUAACCAUGCCAGGGUUUUUGUUCCCAGAAGUAAAGACUGUUUCUUAAAAUAGAAACAGUUCACUCUGAAACCCAAAACCAUCAGGACUCUAGAGUUACAUAGAGACAAGGCAUUAGAUCCCACCUUCUGAUCAUCCUUUCCUCUUCAUAUUGUCUUGGAAUGAUGUGUCAAACACCAGGAUCCUUUUUAAGUUCACGUAGUUUUCCCUUAGUAGUGGGACUUCUCCAGGUCACUGUGUUUUUGUGAACACCGAGCUGAAGUGAGCCCACUGAGAACGAACACGUAGAACAGGUCCCCUACACUAAGCAUCUGCUCCUUACUUCUCCAUCAUCUCUAAUGAAUUUCCUUGAUGUCUGUGGCUCAGUCAGUAUAUAUUUGGAAAGAUUCAUUGUGGUGAAUAUUUUGAGUCCUGACCAUUUAAACGUGAUAGAGGGAACAAAGGAUUUAUAUAUUUUUUGUACAAAGUUUUUUCUUAAACUGUAUAAUUUUGUAAAUAAUUUGUUUGGGUUUUUUUCUUUUGUGUACUAAAACUACCAGCGUAUAGAUUUCAAUAAGAAUUGUUGUAUUUUUGUAUUUGGAAACUGAAAAUUACAGUAAAUUAGUGAAGCCGUAAGAAAGUCUCCGUAGACUGACAUUCGACUGAAUGAGAUUCCUUUUCAUAUGAUUUUUUUAACCUUAAAAUUGACAUCUGUGUACACUCACUGUAGAGAGAGGUGAGGAUUCAUUUGACUUUUUGUUCCUGGGGCAGAGGUUGGGAAAGAAAGGUGCUAAUGUGAAGACCAGACCAUUUUUCACUAAGAUUUUGGGUCCCUAGUACAAAACUUGGGGUUUCAGUAUUCCUUAAAAUUAACUAAAAUUCUUUUCCAAUGUGUUUCACUCAAAAAUGAAUUAUAAAAUAGAGAUUAAUUACACUCAAGGUUAGCAUAAAAUAGCUGAAUAUGUGUAUGUGUAUCUCUCUCUCCCCUUUGCCCCCUUCCACCUAUCCCCAACUGUUAGAAUCCACACCACGACUGGUUUCUUGGCAUCUUUGUGUAUAGAGAAAAGAUUUAGCAUUUGAGGCAGAUUCUGCUGCUCCUAGUGUGUAGGUGCCCAUGUAGCAGAGCAGCAGUGACAGCUGCCAGAUUUACUACCAGAUUUCUGCCCAAACCUGAAAAGAUAACACCAAGGAAUGUGAAUUUUUUUCUCAGUUUCUUCUUGGAGCAUUGGGAAAAUGUCGCCACCCACUGAGACGCUGGAAAACAGUUUUUUACAGCGAGAAAGAUCCCGCUGAUGGAUGACUAUUUCAAAAGAAAAAAAAAAAAUCAUGUGAAAAGGAAUAGUGUUUCCUCUC